AUGGCGGCCCUCGGUGCGGACGUCAUCGCCACCAAAAGGUCGGGGCCCUUUGCGCCCGCACCCCCGGGCCUGCGCUGGCUCUCCGACAACAACGACGAGCUGCUUCGCGAGGCGGACGUGGUCGUGGUGGCCGUGCCGGGCUCGACGUCUGGACUGAUCAACGCGACCGCGCUCGGCUUGAUGAAGCCACGCGCCCUCCUCGUGCCGAUCGCGGCGGGGGCGGUUGACUUUGCGGCGCUCGAAGCCGUGCUCAAUGCGCGCCCCGCGCUCCGAGCGGUUCUCGACGUCUGGCCGAGCGGAUGCUGGGACGACGACGAAGCCUCGUGUGGCCCGCCGUACGGCCCACGGGACUGGCCGGGCAGCCCCGCGUUCGCCUCCCUGCCAAACGUCGUCGCCCUUCCGGGACUGGCGAUGCGCGAUGCGCGCUUUUGGGCAGACUCGGCGGCCCUCGCCGGUGCAAACCUCCGAGCCUUGGCGGCGGGCCAGCCCGUCCAGCACGUGGUGCGGAAUGCGACGCACUCGGGUCGGUCGCCGACGGGAGCGGCGUGGCAGACUUCUUUUUUGAGUCUUGAGUGA